AUGUCCGACCAAACCUCGCCCCCUUCUCCUUCAAGCUCAAAUAGCUACGCUCAUAAUGCUCAUAACGCGGAUAACUCCUACAACACCACAACCCUCAAAGACCAAGCCGUAGUCGAUCCUUCCGAUACCAACGCAAACUCUGACCAAAUUGACGUUAUAGCCAUAGCCACAGAAUUGGAUACAUCCCGUAAGAAUGCAUCUACAGAACUUUUAAAGGUCUUGGAAAACCCAUACUCUUCUCCUGAUGAACUUAACGAGGCCCAGAAACUUGUCGACAGUACCAAAGCACGCUGGGUAGCAUUUUUGGCAGCGAAAAAAACACUUGAUGAUAUGAACGGUGAGACAGCUCUUCAGAUGCUCACUGCAAAAAAGAAUACCGAUGAUUACCGCAGCAACCCAGAUUCGUUUGUUCCUCCAAACCUACCAGUUUUGCAGCUGAAAGGAGGAUCUAUUAGACAACCAGACAAAAAGAUCUAUGAUUCGAUUCGCUCCUUCCUAAACGAUUUUGAAGUGCAGUUGAUAGCACACAGUCUCCCACUCGACAAAAAUUGGGAACGUCUAUUUAGAUUGACCUGUGACGAUAUGCAGCGUUUGUCGUUUGAGAGAACCAAUGCUGGAAAAGGUCUUACCUGGAAGGAAAUUCGUGAAAAGCUCGAGUUGGAGUAUGGAUACCCACAAUACGUGUGGGCGAAAAGAUUUGCACUGAAAUCCAUCACGCAACGACAUGAUGAAUCAGUAAAAGAAUUUUCAGAAAGGUACAGGGGAGCUGCACACGCCGCUGACCUUCACAACGAAGAUGAGCUUGUUUGGCUUUUCAUUUCGUCCUUAGUUAAACCAGUCAGGGAUAUAGCUCUGCAGGCAAUAGUUCGGCAAUUUGGAUUAAAAAUGCCACACGAUAUGAAAGAAGUAAUCCAAUUGAUUAUUAACUCUGUUGAAGGAGAGUCUGCCAAUUUGUUCCUAAACAAAUACACGACUAGUUCCAAGAGGAGACAGCAUGAAGAACACAGACCGACAGGAAGCUCUAAAAAAUAUAGAGGAGAUCCCCGUUCAACUCGUGGAAAUAGUAAUUCCAAGGACAUGCGUCAAACACAUCCAAAAGGUAGACAUAUGCGUGAGGGUUUCGUACAAAUGCAAAACUUGAUGGAUAAAGACAAUAUUUUUCUCUCAAAUGUAGCAAAGCAACCUUCGCUUUGUCGUCACUGCCGUAAAGUUCCUUUCUUUCCUGGGCACCACUGCCCAGAAUUCCCACAACACAAGCCCAGGAGUAAUCUGACUUUAAUAAACCCAAACCCAAACCCAAACCCGAACCCAAGCCCAAAUCCAAAGCCAAAUAACGAAACAACAGAAAACACAGUUAACAGCAGAAGAAUAUAG